CAACUGUUCAAGAAAGUAGUGCCUCACCAUUGCCUGGGCUGCAUUUGGUCUCAAAGGGAUAAGAAGGAAAACAAACAUUUGGCUCCUACGAUCCAUGCUACCAUCUCUCAGUUUAAUACCCUCACCAAAUGUGUUGUCAGCACCAUCCUGGGGGGCAAAGAACUCAAAACUCAGCAGAGAGCCAGAAUCAUUGAGAAGUGGAUUAACAUUGCUCGUGAAUGUAGAAUCCUGAAGGCCAUCGUUUCAGCACUGCAGUCUAAUUCCUUCUAUCGGUUAAAAAAGGCUUGGGCUGCCGUCCCGAAGGACCGAAUGCUGAUGUUUGAAGGACUUUCAGAUAUCUUCUCAGACCAUAAUAACCAUUUGACCAGCCGGGAACUACUGAUGAAGGAAGGAACCUCAAAAUUUGCAAACCUGGACAGCAGCGUGAAAGAAAACCAGAAACGGACUCAGAGGCGGCUUCAGCUCCAGAAGGAUAUGGGUGUGAUGCAGGGUACUGUGCCCUACCUGGGCACCUUCCUGACUGACCUGACCAUGCUUGACACUGCUCUUCAGGACUACAUCGAGGGUGGACUGAUAAACUUCGAGAAAAGGAGAAGGGAAUUUGAAGUGAUUGCCCAAAUAAAACUCUUACAGUCUGCCUGCAACAGCUAUUGCAUGACCCCAGACCAAAAGUUCAUACAGUGGUUCCAGAGGCAGCAGCUCCUAACAGAGGAGGAGAGCUAUGCCCUGUCGUGUGAGAUCGAAGCAGCUGCAGAUGCCAGCACCACCUCGCCCAAGCCUCGGAAGAGCAUGGUGAAAAGGCUCAGCCUACUGUUUCUGGGGUCAGACAUUAUCACCAGCAGCACUCCCACUAAAGAGCAGCCCAAGUCCACUGCCAGUGGGAGCUCUGGUGAGAGCAUGGACUCCGUCAGCGUGUCGUCCUGUGAGUCGAACCAUUCAGAGGCUGACGAGGGCUCCAUUACUCCCAUGGACACACCUGAUGAGCCUCAAAAAAAGCUCUCUGAGUCCUCUUCAUCGUGUUCCUCUGUCCACUCCAUGGACACAAAUUCCUCAGGGAUUUCGUCCUUAGUCAACCCCCUCUCCUCCCCUCCAUCCUGCAACAACAACCCUAAAAUCCACAAGCGCUCUGUCUCUGUGACGUCCAUUACCUCGACAGUGCUGCCUCCUGUUUACAACCAGCAGAACGAGGACACCUGCAUCAUCCGCAUCAGCGUGGAGGACAACAACGGCAACAUGUACAAGAGCAUCAUGUUGACCAGCCAGGAUAAGACCCCUGCCGUGAUCCAGAGAGCAAUGCUGAAGCACAAUCUGGACUCGGACCCCGCCGAGGAGUAUGAGCUGGUGCAGGUCAUCUCAGAGGACAAAGGUGGGCGUGUGUUCCUUCUCAAGACAGGUGGCUAG